CGGAGGACGCCGGGCGCAGGGAGCAGAGCUGAGCCGAGCGCCGCGCACCCCGACGCGCCCCGGUGUCUGUCCUGCCCGUCGCACAUGCAGCACAGCUUUUCGCCCAUUGUAUGGUCCAGGCCUCGAUGAGGAGCCCAAACAUGGAGACGUUCAAGCAGCAGAAGGUGGAGGAUUUUUAUGACAUCGGAGAGGAGCUGGGGAGCGGCCAGUUUGCCAUCGUGAAGAGGUGCCGUGAGAAGAGCACAGGGCUGGAGUAUGCAGCCAAGUUCAUCAAGAAGAGGCAGAGUCGGGCCAGCCGUCGUGGCGUGUGCCGCGAGGAAAUCGAGCGGGAGGUGAGCAUCCUGCGGCAGGUGCUGCAUCCCAACAUCAUCACUCUGCACGACGUCUAUGAGAACCGCACCGACGUGGUGCUCAUCCUCGAGCUAGUGUCCGGAGGAGAACUGUUCGAUUUCCUGGCUCAGAAGGAGUCGUUAAGCGAAGAGGAAGCCACCAGCUUCAUCAAGCAGAUCCUGGAUGGUGUGAACUACCUUCACACAAAGAAAAUUGCCCACUUUGAUCUCAAGCCAGAAAACAUUAUGUUGUUAGACAAGACUAUCCCCAUCCCACACAUCAAGCUCAUUGACUUUGGCCUGGCUCAUGAAAUAGAAGAUGGAGUUGAGUUUAAAAACAUUUUUGGAACACCAGAAUUUGUUGCUCCAGAAAUCGUGAACUACGAGCCACUGGGACUGGAGGCGGACAUGUGGAGCAUCGGUGUCAUCACCUACAUUCUACUAAGUGGAGCAUCCCCCUUCCUGGGAGACACAAAGCAAGAAACACUGGCAAAUAUCACAGCUGUGAGUUAUGACUUUGAUGAGGAAUUCUUCAGCCAGACAAGCGAACUGGCCAAGGACUUCAUUCGGAAGCUUCUUGUGAAAGAGACCCGGAAACGGCUUACCAUCCAAGAGGCUCUCAGACAUCCCUGGAUCAUGCCAGUAGACAACCAGCAAGCCAUGGUGCGCAGGGAGUCCGUGGUCAACCUGGAGAACUUUAAGAAGCAGUAUGUCCGCAGGCGGUGGAAGCUUUCCUUCAGCAUUGUCUCCUUGUGCAACCACCUCACUCGCUCCCUGAUGAAGAAGGUGCACUUGAGGACAAGCGAGGACCUGAGGAACUGCGAGAGUGACACAGAGGAUGACAUCGCCAGGAGGAAAGCCCUUCACCCCCGAAGGAGGAGCAGUACCUCCUAACUGGCCUAGUUUUCAGUGGCUGCCAGGGAGGGCCAAGCCCCUUGUGUUCCUUCUGUGCAAGCUCUUGGACCCUGCGUGUCACCAGUAUCCAGACAGUCUGUGUUCCUGAGCACUUUGUAAGAGAGGAGUCUGCAGCACUCAGAACUUUGAGGAGACCCUGGAGCGUGGCUGUCUCCUGCCGGGGAGUCUCCAGCGGUCCCCAAACUCCGGAAAACUGGCUUUCAUCUGUCUGCUAACCUCAGAAGCUGGGAUGGGGUGUGGACUGAGGAAACGGCUGUAAAGGAGUAUCAUUGUUACUGCAGGUUAAAGGUCAGGUUUAGGCAGCUUUCCUCACUCGGUGACAGAGUUCAGAACCAGCCCGGGCAGCAAUCAUUGGGAAGACAGAAGCCUACCCUAUCAGGAUGUGUGAGUGAAGGGAAUUUCUAGAGUGAGGGACCAAUCUUGUGACUUCCCAGACUUUGUACAACAGUCUCUUGCCAGCUUACUGUGUUGUAAUUUUUUUUCCUCAUUUUUAUUAUUAAACUUCUUGUUUAUCUAA